GAGAGUUACGAGAGACCAGUGUUUACUCAAAAGUUGUUGAGUGAAGUCAACUUAAAAGAAGACAAUUAUAUGACUAUUGAGGCACAGGUUGAGCCCUCGGAUGACGAAAGACUGACCGUUGAGUGGUAUAAAAAUGGUCGGCCCCUUGUUUUAGGGUCCAGAAUAAACACACGAUUCGAUUUUGGAUUGAUAUCAUUGGAGAUCAUGGAUCUGAUCACAGAAGACUCGGGAUUUUAUACGUGCAGGGCUGUCAAUAAUCAUGGAGAAGCCAUAACUACUUGUGCUCUAAAGGUUAAGGGUUCGGCUAAUUAUAAAGACUUAUUUAACUAUAAAGUGAAUGAUAUAAAACUUGGAGUCGAUGAUAAAGCAUAUGAC